AUGGAAGAGUGUUACUUCAUGAAGGGUCCGGUCUCUAGGAAGGAGCGUGGAUUGCAGUGGGAGUGCGCACCGGACGGUGGCGCCUCUACAAACUUGCACGCACGCUACGAUCAGGUUAAGGUUCCGACUGAGUGUCUUCUGUGCGCUCCUGGUGUUAACUCCUCCUUCCUCGUCAAUGAACCUGAUGUUAACUCCUUCCUCGUCAAUGAACCUGAUGUUACUGUCAGGAUCCGGACUGGCUUUUUCAAUUAUUUUUCUGGGAUAGCCGCGCAGAAGGAGGCGUAUGGUGAGGGCUUCUGCCUUCAUCUGAGCUACAUACAGGAAAACAACAGGACGGAGGUCACAGAGUUCCUUCUCUUAGGAUUUCAGGUCAGUCGAGGGUUAAAACUUUUCCUGUUCUGUCUGUUCCUUGUGGUUUAUUGUCUGAUAAUAUGUUGGAAUCUCCUGAUCAUCACCCUGGUGUCCAUCAGCAAGAACCUCCACACCCCAAUGUACUACUUCAUCUCACAUCUGUCCAUCAGUGACAUCUUGUUAUCCACAGAUAUUGUCCCCAAUAUGCUCCACAUCCUCCUGAAUAAUGGGGGGACCAUGACUUUUAUUGGUUGUAUCACUCAAUAUAAUUUUUUCAGCUCCUCAGAAGCAUUUGAGUGCUUUCUCCUCACAGUGAUGUCUUAUGACAGAUAUGUGGCCAUCUGUAAUCCUCUCCGUUACUCCUCUAUCAUGACAAGUGGACAUUGUGUUAUACUGACUGUCAUCUGUUGGUUGUUUGGAUUUUCUGUUACUCUAAUUCCAACUAUAACUGCAGCAAAGCUAAAAUUCUGUGGGUCCUAUAUCAUUGACCAUUUAUUCUGUGAUCUUCUUGCUUUACUCGAAUUGUCCUGUUCUGACACUUCAAUUGUUCAUUUGGAGCUUUAUGUACUAAGCAUUCCAGUUAUCCUCAUUCCAACCACCAUCAUUGUAUUGUCUUAUAAUUAUAUAGUUUUAGCUAUUCUAAAGAUCCCAUCCAAUACUGGUAGACAGAAAGCCUUCUCCACCUGUAGUUCUCACCUCAUUGUGGUCUCCAUAUUCUAUGGGACGUUGUUCGGUGUUUAUGUUAUCCCAACAAAAGGCCGAACACUGACCAUGAGUAAGAUCCUCUCCCUGCUAUAUACUGUGUUUACUCCUUUGGUCAAUCCCAUUAUAUACAGUCUGAGGAAUAAAGACAUUAAGGAAGCCGUACAGGAAACAAUUCAAAAGAGGGAGAUCUGGUGA